UCGGGCAAAAAUGGGUAGCUUAAGGCUCACCAUAGCUCUCUUCGACAAGAGCAACUUGUUAUCAUUUUGUGUUUACAUCAUACAUCAUUCUCCUCUAUGUACGAAAGGAGUGGGAUAUAAUAGACCAAUAAUUCACUGAAUUUUUUUAACUCCGGAAUAAAUUGUAAAAUACAUAUUUUUUAUAGAUGGAAUUCAUACUAUUAUAAAUGUUUUGAAGAUGCAGUCAUGUUUUAAAACAUUCUCAAAAAAAAUUAAGUUUUAAAAAAAACAUUUCCUCAGUAUAAGACAAGAAUACGAAUAAUUAUACUUUAAGUAAAAAACUGAAUUUUUCUCUCUAAAGAGAAGCUUCAUUCAUUUAGUGUUGGUGUUAAAACAUCCACAUUAAAAACUCAUAUAAAUAGAAAUUGUUGUGUUUAUACUGCAGAGAAGUUUUUUUUUUUCAUGCUGUGUGUGUGAUAUUACUCUCGCUCAUAUAUCUAAUUUAAUUAAAGAUGCUUUUUAUACUGGAUAGGAUAAAUCUUUCACAUUUAUAUUAAUACUCUUUUAUUCAUAGUGCAGAGACCCUUAUCCAUGCAAUAUGUGUGAUAAAACAUUCCCUCGUGAAAUAUAUUUAAAUGCACAUUCUCUUGUUCAAACGGGAAAUAAACCUUAUUCAUGCAAUAUGUGUGAUAAAUAUUUCUCCCAUAAAAAAAGUUUGAAUGCACAUUUCCUUGUUCAUAACGGAGAGAAACCUUUUACAUGCAAUGUGUGUAAUAAAUCUUUCACGCAGAGAUCUAGUUUAAAUAGACACGUGCUAGUUCAUAGUGGAGAGAAAGCUUAUUCGUGCAGUGUGUGUAAUAAAACAUUCUCACAGAAAUCUCACUUAAUGAAGCACUCUCUUGUUCAUAGUGGAGAGAAAGCUUAUUCAUGCAUUGUGUGUGGAAAAACAUUCUCACAAAAAUCUCAUUUGAAUAAUCACUCUUUUGUUCAUAAUGAAAAUAAACCUUAUUCUUGCAGUGUGUGUGAUAAAACAUUCCCUCGAAAAUCCGAUUUGAAUAAUCACUCAUUUGUUCAUACUGGAGUAAAGCCUUAUGCAUGCAAUGAGUGUGAUAAAUCUUUUGCAGUAAAAUCUAGUUUAAAUAGACAUACUCUUCUUCACACAGGUGAGAAGCCUUAUUUAUGUAGUGUGUGCGAUAAAUCUUUUACACUGAAAUCUAAUUUAGAUAAACACUCUGUUGUUCAUAGUGGAGUGAAAGCUUUUUCAUGCAGUGUAUGUGAUAAAAAAUUCUCCUGGAAAUCUGAUUUAAAUAAUCACUCUUUACUUCAUUCUGAAAAUAAACCAUAUUCAUGCAGUAUGUGUGAUAAAUCCUUCACAAAAAAAUCUAUUUUAAAAGUACACUCUCUUAUUCAUACUGGAGAGAAGCCUUAUUCGUGCAGUUUUUGUGGUAAAUCUUUCACGCAGAUGUCCAGUUUAAAUCAACAUUAUGUUGUUCAUACUGGAGAGAAGCCUUAUUCAUGCAGUGUGUGUGGAAAAUCUUUCACACAGAUGUCUACUUUAAAUAAACACAAUCUUCUUCAUACAGGAGAGAAGGUUUAAGACUUGUUUGUGAUAAAACUUUUUCUCGAAAAUCCAUUAUAAAUCCGAACUAUCUUUUUCAUGCCUCUUAAGAUCCAGAGUGUUGUAAUCUACUUGAUUAUGGAUGGUGUUUUCGACACUAGGGGGCGCUGCAAGCCGUAUGCCGCUUAUACUUCCAAGUUACUGUUUUCGGUGUAUUUUAAAGCCAUUUGGCUUACAACGUAAUCAUUGUGUUUAGAUUCUUGCAAACGUGGCAUUUGAAUACUUUUACUAAACUUAAUCUUGCUUCUUGAACAAUAUGCUAACACUAACUUUAGAUGGUACACAGAACAUGAGACGACAACACGAACAUACAGUAAUAAACAAAUGGAAAGAGGCCAAAUCAAAACUUCCAAAAAAGCGAGUUAUUCAAAAUCUAGCAACCAUGUCACCUUUUUUAACAAUAUAUCUCUAAAUAACUAAAACAAAUUUUCACUUCAAACUCACCAGAAUUACAUAAUAA